CUUACUGCAAGGAGUUCUGCUUCAAAAUGUCGUCUCUGCCGCUUUUGGUUGUGCUGCUCGCGGCUUUUGUGACUGUCAAGGCAGAAGACGAAGAAACAUUCGCGCUGGACUACCUCAACCAGUUUCACUACCUCUCGAUGUCGAGAUCCGGUAACCAUGACGUGGAGAAAGCUAUCACCAACUUUCAACGCUUCGCUGGCCUGAAGGUCACUGGUCGCCUGGACGGAGCCACGAUAGAUCUCAUGAAGAAGCCACGCUGUGGCAUGCCUGAUGACGAAGCUGGCGAAACCCGUUUACGCCGUUACGCAACAUCGGGUAAAUGGAGGAAAACGUCCCUGACGUACUACAUUCAACAUGGCCGGGAUCUAAGUAGAGAUCAACAAGAUCGUAUAUUUGCAAAAGCAUUGAAAUACUGGGCGGAUGUAUCUUCAUUAUCUUUUAGACGAGUAAACAGUCCAAGUUCAGCGGACCUUAAAAUCAGCUUCGGAACUAGAAGGCAUGGUGGCACUAGUGCUGAGCGCACCUGUGGAAGCCCGUUUGAUGGUCCAGGCAAAGUGUUAGCCCAUGCCUACUUCCCUUCAGAUGGCCGCGCUCAUUUUGACGAGGAUGAGACAUACACUGAUGGGACAUCAAGGGGAACAAACCUUCUGUGGGUUGCGACCCACGAAUUUGGUCAUUCGCUCGGUUUGAAACAUUCCGACGUGAGAGGUGCCAUCAUGUACCCCUAUUACACUGGUUACGUUCCUAACAUGAGGCUUCAUUCAGACGACAUCAACGGCAUUCGAUCUCUUUACGGUGCUGGCGGAAGCGUAGGCGGCGGUGGAGGAGGUGGAGGUGGCUGUAAAGACAACAAUCGGAAUUGCCCCGGUUGGAGAAACUAUUGCAGAUCUAACGAUUACGUCAAACGCAAUUGCAAAAAAACAUGCCGCUACUGCUGAACGUGAGGUGGUUUAUGGAAGCUCGAGGGUAACUACAUUUACAGGCUUAUGCAAUCACCAGAAUAAUUAGAUGUCUUUGGCGUAAUGUAGCUGUAAUUAAAAUUACUGGUUCAUUAAAGCCUCACAGAAAACGAA